AUGGUACUUGUCAAGUUUAAGCGCGAAAAAACAUCGAUUUUUGUAGAAAUCACAAGUAAUGAGACACUGAAGAAUGCCGUGGACAAGUUGCGAGAUAUCUUGAAAGUGAAUGAUGACCAGGCAAUGAAAAUUGGAGCUUUGCAGAAUGGAGACUAUGUCGCUGUUGAUCCAAGCACUUGGUCCAAUUCCGUUCUUUCUGAGAAUACAGACUAUGCAUUCGCGAACGAGGGCGACGAUUUCCUAGUACACCAACCAUCGGAUGAAGAUGUCAUGGAGUCUGAGGGCUAA